ACUCCCCCAACUCCAACUAAAAAAAAAUCUGCAAAGAGAAUGAGAAUAAAGAGUUGGAGAAACACUUCUUCUAUUCUACUUGCUUGUGUCGUUAACAAUAGAACAAGCCGUCUAUUUUCUGACACACCUCUGUCCAAACAAAACUUCUCUCUCUCUCUCUCUCUCUCUCUCUCUCUCUCUCUCUCUCUCUCUCUCUCUCUCUCUCUCUCUCUCUCUCUCUCUCUCCCCAUAAUAAUAAUAUAAGCGCGUCACCCUCAUGAAAAUGUAACGUACUCCAUGGUUUCAUUUCAUAUGUGAUAGUAACUCUCUCUCCCACCCUUUUCUUUCUCUCUUUUUCUCAUCAUCUCAAUGGCCAAUUCUUCAUCAUUUUUAUCAAUUCUUUUUCAGAAUUGCACCUCCAAGAAACCCAAUAAACCAUUCCCAAGACUCUACUUUCUCACCUUCACCAUCUUCCUCUGCACUUUCUUUUACUUUCUUGGUCUCUGGCAAAACUCCACCACCACCAUCACCUCCGCCGCCAAAAAUCAAUACUCCACCGCCACCACCACCAUCAUCCGUCCUAAUUGCCCACAAACCAAUUUCACCUCAACAUCCACCCCUUCCACCGCUCUCGAUUUCUCAGCACACCACCACGUCGACAUACCGGAACAAACCACAGCGCGUGUAAAUCACGCUCCGGUAUGCGAUGUUUCACUCUCGGAGUACACUCCCUGUGAGGAUGUGCAGAGGUCGCUGAAAUUCCCACGGGAGAAUUUAGUCUAUCGUGAGAGACACUGUCCGGAAAAAAACGAGAUUCUCCGGUGUCGUAUUCCGGCGCCGUUUGGUUACCGUGUUCCGCCACGGUGGCCGGAGAGCCGUGAUUGGGCUUGGUAUGCUAAUGUGCCACAUAAAGAAUUGACUAUUGAGAAAAAAAACCAGAAUUGGGUUCAUUUCGAAGGUGACCGGUUCAGAUUUCCUGGUGGUGGGACCAUGUUUCCACGUGGCGCUGGUGCGUACAUUGAUGAUAUCGGAAAACUCAUCAACCUUAAAGAUGGAUCCAUUCGAACCGCUUUAGAUACCGGUUGUGGGGUUGCAAGUUGGGGAGCUUAUCUUUUGCCACGUAACAUAAUAGCAGUGUCAUUUGCACCAAGAGAUACACAUGAAGCUCAAGUUCAAUUUGCUCUUGAACGAGGAGUUCCAGCUUUGAUUGGUGUUAUUGCCUCAAUUAGGCUUCCUUACCCUUCAAGAUCCUUUGACAUGGCUCAUUGUUCACGUUGCCUCAUUCCUUGGGGUCAAAAUGAGGGAAUUUAUUUGGCUGAAGUUGAUAGAGUGCUACGUCCUGGAGGGUAUUGGAUUCUAUCAGGGCCACCAAUAAACUGGGAGACCCAUUGGAAAGGAUGGGAGAGAACUAGGGAGAGUCUAAAUGAAGAACAGAAUUCAAUUGAGAGAGUGGCUAAGAGUCUAUGUUGGAAAAAAUUUGUACAGAAGGGUGACAUUGCAAUAUGGCAAAAACCUACUAAUCAUAUACAUUGCAAAAUUACAAGAAAGGUCUUCAAGAAUAGACCUUUUUGUAGAGCAGAGGAUCCUGACUCAGCAUGGUACACCAAAAUGGAUACAUGCUUGACACCACUACCUGAGGUAACUGACAUAAAAGAUAUUAGUGGUGGAAGAUUAUCUAAUUGGCCUGAGAGACUAACGUCAAUUCCACCAAGGAUUAGCAGUGGAAGUUUGAAAGGAAUCACAGCUGAGAUGUUCAAUGAAAAUACUGAAUUAUGGAAGAAGAGAGUUGCAUAUUACAAGACAAUUGAUUAUCAGCUAGCAGAGCCCGGGAGAUUCCGUAAUUUGCUUGAUAUGAAUGCUUACUUGGGAGGCUUUGCAGCUGCAAUGAUAGAUGAUCCUGUUUGGGUCAUGAAUGUUGUUCCGGUCGAGGCUGAGAUUAACACACUUGGUGUCGUUUUUGAACGCGGAUUGAUUGGAACAUAUCAGAACUGGUGUGAAGCCAUGUCCACUUACCCUCGAACUUAUGACUUCAUACAUGCCGAUUCUGUUUUUAGCCUAUACGAAAACAGAUGUAAUAUAGAGGACAUUCUUCUUGAGAUGGAUAGGAUUUUGAGGCCACAAGGGAGUGUGAUAUUGCGCGACGAUGUGGAUGUGUUGUUAAAGGUAAAGAGAGUUGUAGAUGCAAUGCAAUGGGAUGCUAGAAUUGCAGACCAUGAAAAAGGACCACACCAAAGAGAAAAAAUACUAAUAGCAGUGAAGAAAUAUUGGACAGCAGCAGCACCUGAACAAAAUCAACAGAGAAAGCUAUAAUUUGAUUUUCAUUUUGGUCAUAAAGAUUUGUGCAUUUUUUUUCUUCUUCUUUUUCAGUUUUUCUCAUGUCAAGAUAAGUUUUCAGGAAUUUUCAUUCUUUUCCAACCCAGUUUAUAAUGUGGGUGGUUUGCAAAUUGAAAUUUUCAUUAUAGCAAAUUAUUGACCCCAAAAAAUUGUUUGGGGCUUAUCUAUCUAAUGAAAAAUUGACUGAUUGUGAGGUAAAUCAAAUGAUCUUGGAUUCAAUUCCCUUGUCA